AUGGUCCCUGUACAGUCUUUCACAGGUGGGCUGCUGGGCACAGGUGGGGCUGCUGGUCACAGGUGGGGCUGCUGGUCACAGGUGGGGCUGCUGGUCACAGGUGGGGCUGCUGGUCACAGGUGGGGCUGCUGGUCACAGGUAGGGCUGCUGGUCACAGGUGGGGCUGCUGGUCACACGUGGGGCUGCUGGUCACAGGUGGGGCUGCUGGUCACAGGUGGGGCUGCUGGUCAUAGGUGGGGCUGCUGGUCACAGGUGGGGCUGCUGGUCACAGGUGGGGCUGCUGGUCACAGGUGGGGUUGCUGGUGCUGGUGCUGGCGGCUGGCGCUGGUGCUGGUUCCUGGUGUUGGCAGCUGGCAUUGGGGCUGGUUCCUGAUGCUGGCGGCUGGCGCUGGGGCUGGUUCCUGGUGCUGGCGGCUGGCGCUGGUGCUGGUUCCUGGUGCUGACGGCUGGCACUGGGGCUGGUUCCUGGUGCUGGCGGCCGGCGCUGGGGCUGGUUCCUGGUGCUGGCGACUGGCGCUGGGGCUGGUUCCUGGUGCUGGCGGCUGGCGCUGGGGCUGGUUCCUGGUGCUGGCGGCUGGCGCUGGGGCUGGUUCCUGGUGCUGGUGGCUGGCGCUGGGGCUGGUUCCUGGUGCUGGCGGCUGGCGCUGGGGCUGGUUCCUGGUGCUGGCGGCUGGCGCUGGUGCUGGUUCCUGCGACCGCCGGUGCGACGGGCGAGGUGCAAGGUGGCGCUGGCUGCAGUCGAUGGCGCAAACGCGAUCGCGGGCCGCUGGCGACUUCGCUGGCGACUUCGCUGGCGGGUCGCUGGCGGCGGGUCCGCUGGCGUUCGCCAUAGCGUCCGCCGCGCCCGUCGCGCUGAGAGUCGGACAUCCCUGCCGCCCAGCUGCCUGCAUCGGUCAAAUGCGAGUUGGACUGCCGUCCGGCGAUGGACUGCGGGUCAGCGGCGUGUGCGGUAAGGAACGACACCCCGCAGUGCGUGUGCCCCGACUCCCAAGCCUACAGCAGCGCCGAGAAGCGGUGCCGCGCGUCAAACGUGUGUCCUCCCCUUUCUCCCCGCCGUGCUUCCUCUCCCCCUCAAAGGCAGUGCCGGACCCGUGUGUAGGAGUGACGUGCAGCGACUGGAACGCCCAAUGCGUGCGCAAGGGCACCGUAGUGCCGGACCCGUGCGUGGGAGUGAAGUGCGCCGACUGGAAUGCCCGGUGCGUGCGAACUGAGCAUCAAAUGUGCGUCCUCUCCCUUCUUCCCACCCACCUUGCUUCUUCCCACCCCUUUCUUCACGUGUACGUGCGAGCUGAGCAGUGCCGGACCCGUGCGUAG